AUGCCUUCGAAUCUACCAUCAAGCUUCGCCUCGGCCGCCGCCGGCCAAAACGCCAACCGCGACGCGAGAGGCGGUCGACAGGACGGGCGUGGAGCUGGCAGCGGGGAAUGGGCUCGACGUGACGGCAGAGUUAACGGCACCCUGACCUUUCGACGAUCCUCGACGACGCCCGGUCAGCCAUCCCAACCCGCAGCCUCGUCCGAACAGGCCUUCCCCUCUACACCGCUCGACUCCGGCGCAGUUCCUCAGACCCCUGGCGCUGCGACAUACGACUAUCCUGCCCCUUCACAGUAUCAGAAGGACUCAAUUGUCGGUGUGUACAAGAACGGUGCGGCGGAAAUAGACGCCUCCAAUGUUUUUGAAUCGGGAUGGACUCCGGGACACACAAACGGAAGCGCUGCGCGAGGUUGGGGAAAAACCAACAAUAACCACAAUUCGCAAGAUCCUGCUGCCUGUUGGAACAACCGGGGUGACAACAACCCCGUUGCUAUCAAUGGCAUGUCUGAAGAGGAGAAGGAGGUGCGUCGGUCAUUUGGAGCAGGCCACCAGGUAAACAAUGCUAAUAUGAGACAGGCAUUCGCAUCUGAUGUCAACUCUACUCUGAAGCCUCCCAUCCAGAAACAGGAGGGCACCCAGGGACCGGGACCGAAUGGACGGAAGGCGUCGCUAUCACACGGUAGCGCCGCCGGAUACGGAUUACAAUCGCCCUCGUCUGCCUCUAGACCUGGUACCCGGCGCCGAGAGACGACGGAUUCCAACCCUUUUGGCAGCGGUCCCCUCGCUUCACCAAGUGCCACACGAUUCGCUCGCGAUGACCAACAGUCUUUCCUGUUUGGUCGCAAGAACAACGACGUCAAGGAGCAGGAGCCAGGCGAGGAUGAAGGUGCUGGACAGCCUCAGUCUAAGCCGCCUUUUGGAAACCUGACGCGUAGCAACACGGCGGGUAAUCCUUCCAUGGGUGCCAAUAUCAGUUCUCUCUGGGGAGCUUCUCAGCCUCCUUCGGCCGGGGGUGCUGCUGGUGGCGGCGGCGGCGGCGGCAUGGGUAGUUUCGGCCAAUUCGCUUUGCCAACUCCAACUUCGACUAUUGGCGGUGGCAACCGUGGUGGGAGUCGCUUUGCAAACCUUAUGAACAAGGAAGGCACCGACAGUCCCGCAAUCAAGCCUAAUGAAGCCUCGACUCCAGAAGCAACCCGAUCUUGGCGAUCCCGGCCCCGAACCGAUACCGACCCCUUCGGCGGAGACGACAACUUAUCUGGCAGCGCCGCACUCGGAGGUGCUCGAGACACCAGUCCCCCGCCGAUUCCCAACCCUACCAAUAUUGGGAUGUUCGAGACCCCGGUCAAAGGUUCUACUCAAGAUUUUGGCAUGUCUGGACUGAACCUGGGACGCCCUUCGGAAAACGAGCCUGGCCCAGCGAGCCCGUCGGAGACGAACCCUUAUCGCAGCCCGCCGGCCGACCGAAACGAAUCACAGGAGGAAGGAUCGGGUGAGAAGCAUCACGGCGGUGUGGCUGUGGGCGCUGAACAGAAUCCUGGCUUCGGCACCGUGUCGCGCGGCUUCCCGACACACGCUUUUGACGGCAGCGAUCGCAGUCAGACCAGUAGCGCUGGACCUAGAGGUUACGCCUCAGGCUGGCCUGUCCCUCUCUCUACGGGCACUCCUGACCGUGAACGCGCCGGGUUCGGCGGCGGAGUUUUCGGCAAUGCUCUCUUCAGUCCUAUGGGCACUGAUCUCCAGUCUCCAGGAUUGUCGAGUAUCGGAGGUGGCGUCUUCGGCUCGGCUAGUGCUGCUGGCCUCGGUGGCCCAGGCACUAUUGGCCGCAGUAAGUUGGGUUCUCUCUUCCCAGCUGCCAUGCAAGCACAAAUGCAAGGACACGAGCAGGAGAACUUAAGUGAUUCGUUGCCCGACCUUCGGCAGAGCAACCCUCUCGGUGCAAUCGGCCGUAAUAACUUCAGUGUUGCGCCCAGAGACACCGGCAGCCCUCUCCGCAGCGGCCGGGGAGGAGUCUUUGAGGAAAUGUUCCCCUCUGACCCUACUCGAACUCAUAGCGGAUUUGGAGGUGCCGACCACCCUGGCGCUGCGGGCAUCGGCCACCCCCAAGCAUUCACUCCCGGAGCUUCCACCGGUGGCGAGUUCGGGUCGACUCCUGUGCGCCAGAUGGUCAUGCCUGACCGUAUGCGCUGGGUUUAUCUCGAUCCUCAAGGACAGGUUCAGGGCCCUUUCAGUGGUCUCGAGAUGAACGACUGGUACAAGGCCAACUUCUUCACUCCCGAUCUUCGGGUCAAGAAGGUUGAAGACCCCGAGUUUGAGCCUCUUGGACAGCUCAUCCGCCGCAUCGGAAACUCUCGCGAGCCUUUCCUGGUUCCCCAGAUCGGCAUCGCCCAUGGCCCACCGUCUCAGGCUGGACCAUUCUCUCCCAGCGGCAACGUGGGUGUCAUUCCUCCUCUCAGUGGUGUCUUCCCUAGCUUUGGUAGGACAUUGACCGCGGAGGAGCAGAACAACCUCGAGCGAAGGAAGCAGGAGGAACAGCAAGCGAUGGCACAACAGCGAGACUUUAUGAUGAGGCAGCAAGCCAUCACCCGACUGCAAGGUCAAGGCCCAGGUGGUGUCCCAGGUUCUUUGCACCACCAGCACAGCGCUCACAGCUUGCAGAGCCAACCUAGCUUCAGCAGCAUCUCCUCGCCGAUUGGUCCUCACACCCAGCAGCCACCCAUCGGAGGUGGAGCCGGCCCGACGUCUGGGUUUUUUGACUCGGCUACCCAGCAGGGAUCUACUCAACCCCCUGUUGGUUCUGGACUCGACCAUUUUCGUGAAGAGGAACUUGCCACACUGAACGCUUCCGAGCGCCAGAUGCUUGCGAAUGUUCCAGUCCCGCCUAGUCUUGCAGGUCUUUUUCCUCAGCAACCGGUCGGCGCUCCCGCGAAUGAGGGCAACCUCCGGAACCACCUUCCCGGUACCGAGCAGUUGGACAAGGACGAAGAGGGAUUUCGUGAGCGCUUGAAAGAGUUUGAGGAUAUCCGUGCCGAACGCGACUCCGAGCAGUCCCAGGAAGCCGCUACCAGCCAGAGCAUCCAGGAAGAUGUUGCUCAAGAUGUUUCCGCUCCUGCCAUGGCUCAGGCUAUCAGCAACGAGCACCACAAGUCCCCCGCCCCUGGCAUGAAGGAGAUUAUGGAGGAGGAGCAUCAGCUUUCAUUGACUCAGCGUGUCCAGCAAGCUCAAGCUGCCGCCGAAGCUGCAAAGAACGCUGCUGCCGGCCUUCCGAUGCCGUUCCCUCCCCCCCUACCUGCAGCUGGUACACCUCUCCCGGCCCCCACCGCCCAGCGUGUCCGUUCCAACUUGCCCGAGCAGUACAAUCGUUCCCAGACUGGAACUCCCGACACUGGGUCCGCCACUGAGCCCCCGCCACUGGCUCCUUGGGCCAAGGAGGCCGCUAGUCGCAAGGGACCUAGUCUGAAGGAGAUUCAGGAAGCUGAAGCGCGCAAGGCUGCCAAGGCUGAGGAGGUUGCCGCCGAGCGUCGUCGUUUGGCGCUUGAGCAAGAGGCUGCGGCUCUUCGCGAGCGCGAGAAGGCUAUUGUCGCUGCUACCGGCCUGCCUACCACCAGCACUUGGGGUAACGGCUCCCCUGUUGCCGCCGUCAGCCCUUGGACCAAGCCUGCCGUUGUCAAACCCACUCCAGGCACCAGCACCCCCAGCAAGCAGAAGACUCUUGCCGACAUUCAGCGUGAGGAGGAAGUGAGAAAGCUCAAGGCUAAGGAGGUUGCCAUCCAGACUGGACUGGCUACUGCUGCUGCCGGCAAGCGUUAUGCCGACCUUGCGACCAAGCCCAAUGCUGCCCCUGGCCUCGCUCAAUCCAGCACGCCCGCCCCGCCUCCUGGUCCCGGCUGGGCGACCGUCGGAGCCGGCGGUAAGGUCAAGGUGCCCACCGGACCUGCCUCUCAGACGAGAUCCGUUAGUGCCGCUGGCAUAAAGCCGGUCCCGGUUGUUGCAAAGCCGGCUGUCAAGCCUGUUGCCACCGUGAUUGCGGCCGCCCCUGCUAAGGGCAACGUUGCCAUGGAUGAGUUCAACAAGUGGCUUCACCACGAGUUGUCCCGUGGCCUUAACGGAGUUGAUGUGGACACUUUUGCUGGCAUCCUUGUUGAACUCCCCCUUGAGGAUGGUAUCAUUGCAGACGCCGUUUACGCCAACUCAAAGACGAUGCACGGAGCACACUUUGCUGAAGAGUUUGUUCGCCGCAAGAGACUCGCCGACAAGGGUAUCGUUGAGAAGCAAGGCGCUGUUGACAGCAAGACGGGCAGCUCUUCCAGCGGAUGGAACGAGGUUGCCAAGAAGGGCGGCAACAAGGAGACGCCCCCUGCUGCUGCCGGAGAUGCCGGUAUCCAAGGCGCAGGCUUCAAGGUUGUGCCCACGCGCAAGAAGGCAGGAAAGAAGAGCAACUAG